AGCAUCAUCCUAGAAGAAGAGGUCUACAGUACAAUGACAUCCAUGGUGAAGCUCCAAUGCUCGGCAGUUCCCAUAUCCCACGAUGACCAGGGUAUUUUGGCCGACGACCUGGAAGAACUGCUGUCCACUUGGCCACAGAAAUACCCGGACAGACCCAGGCCCAAGGCACUCUACGCCAUCACAGCUGGGAACAACCCCAGAGGUUACAACUGGUCUGAGGAGCGUAUGGUCGACAUCUACCAGCUUUGUAGGAAAUACAACCUCCUUAUUCUAGAUGACGGAGCUUAUUACUUCGUGCAGUUUGGACAGAAACGGAGUCGAAGCUUCCAGUCGCUUGACGUCGAUGGCAGAGUCAUCCGAUUUGACACCUUUUCCAAAAUAGUUGGAGCUGGUUAUCGCCUGGGGUGGGCGUCGGGACCCAAAAGUAUCAUAGACAAGGUCACCUACGACAUACAGCUGACCACGAUUCACGCCAACGCAUACUCACAGGCACUCAAGUGUUUAGCGGACCUCAUUCGAGAGCAGAAAGGUGCUGAGCAAUGA